AUGGCGGAGGUAAUCGACAAAGAGGUCACAUCGUCCGAGCCGGCCAACGAGAAGGUCGCGCCGCAUGCCGACUCCGGCAACUCGGACUCGGAGGCGGGUUCUCUGGCCGACAUCAACGAAGGCGCGCUCCUGCGGAAGCUUGAUUUCCACCUGCUCCCCGCGGUUGGCAUCCUCUACCUGCUCUCGUUCCUGGACCGUAGCAAUGUUGGAAAUGCGCGUAUCGAGGGAUUGGCCACAGACUUGAAUAUGACUGGCAACCAAUACCUCACCGGCUUGACACUCUUCUUUGUCGGCUAUGUCUUGUUCGAGAUCCCCUGCAACAUCAUUCUUAAGCGGACAUCUCCGCGCGUCUGGCUGCCGACCCUCACCAUCGUCUGGGGGAUCGUGGCAACGCUGCUCGGGGUUGUCCACAACCUCGCCGGCUUCCUCGUGGCCCGGUUCUUCCUUGGCGUGACGGAGAGCGGUCUGUUCCCGGGCGUCGUCUAUUACUUCUCCAUGUGGUACAAGCGCGGCGAGCGGCAGUUCCGGAUCUCUCUUUUCUUCAGCGGUGCCGCUCUGGCUGGUGCCUUUGGCGGUAUCUUGGCAUAUGGAAUCGGCUUCAUGAGGGUUGUAUGGCCGAAUGGGUGGCAUUGGAUCUUCAUUCUGGAGGGCCUUGCGACCAUUCUCGUUGCCAUUGCGGCGUAUUGGUUCAUCGAGAACUACCCAGACACUGCCAAGUUCCUCUCGGACAAGGAGCGCAGCUUUAUCAGAGCGCGCCUUGCUGCGGACAGCGAUGCGACCCACAACGAAGGGUUCACCUGGGAGAAUGUGGCUAAAGCGCUCAAGGACCCCAAGUGCUGGCUUUACGGACUCUGCUUCCACACGACGAGCCUGCCCCUCUAUACCUAUUCCCUGUUCCUGCCCUUGAUCAUCAAACAGCUUGGAUACGCGGCUGCCACGGCCCAGCUCAUGACAAUCCCGCCUUACGCGGUGGCCUUCGUCUCGACGCUCACCGUGGCCACCCUGUCGGAGCGGCUGCACAAGCGGGCCAUCUUCAUCAUCGGGUCGGCCAGCGUGGGGGCGGUGGGGUACAUCAUCCUGCUCGCCAACACGGACCCGGUGGCGCGGCCGGGGGUGUCGUACGCGGGCACCAUCAUCGUGGCGCUGGGGCUCUACCCGGCGGUGGCGCUCAGCCUGUCGUGGCCGGCGAUCAACGUGUCGGGCCAGACGAAGCGGGCCAUCGCCAACGCGAUGCAGAUCAGCAUCGGCAACCUGGGCGCCGUGCUGGGCACCCAGCUGUACCGCACCGAGGACCAGCCGCGCUAUGUCGUCGGCCACUCGAUGGCGCUCGCCUACCUGCUCGCCAACGCCGCCGUCGGCGGCCUGCUCUGGUGGAUGAUGAGCCGCGAGAACAGGCGGCGGGACGGCAUCGCCGAGGAGGUCAAGGAGAUCGGCACCAUCGACCACACCACGUGGGAGGGCGAUGAUGACCCGCGCUGGCGCUUCCAGUACUGAGAAUGUUUUGUGUGUUUUGUGUGUUUUGUCUCUUGGGCCAGGGUGCUUUGCUUGUGUUUCGCUGGCUGGCUGGCUGUCAGAAUGGACUGAAUGGCGUAGUGUGAUGUACUGUAGAUCACUGGCUGGCGAGAUGGGAGAGAGUACUAAAAGCUGGACCCUGCAAGCAACUGUCUCACCUGAUGUGACGGUCGAGUUUGAGAUGCCUUGGCCACUCGGCAUCGUUGCCGAUCGAGAUGUACAUAUAUGCGCAUGUACGCAAGUAUCGAUGCGUGCAACUACGCAGGUGAGACGCACUCAGACCCCCCCGUUGAUCGCCGAUGGUACCUUCCUGCCGACGCAACCGAGCCCGUCUCCGUCCCAAUGCAACCAGUCCGUUCUCAUUUGGUCUUGCGGGGCCUUCCGGAGGUAGAGACUACGUACCUCCGUAGCCGUUCGUCCCUUUGAC